AUGUGGGAGAAGUUUGAAGAACAAAGAAUGAAUGAUCUGAAAAACCCGAACAAGAAAGAGGAAGUCUCAAAGAGGAGAAAGAAGCAAGGAGAUGGGGAAACCGGGGAGGCUUUGGAAGCUGUUACAGCAGCAGAAACAGCAGAGCAAGCGAUUGCAAUGAGAUCACAGAUCCAUCUAUUAUGGGAGAAAAUGCUGUUUGAAAGAUCACAAGUGGAAUGCAAAAUCAGUGUAAGCGGCUGGGAGAAGAAUCUUGACUCAGCAGUUGAAAGAUUCAAGCUUGCUGAUGCUUCUGAAACUGACAUAUCGACUGUUGUCAAGAACCAUUGUUCCAACGAAGCAGCUGCAUAA